GGAGGAGAGUAACCGGCUUGUAUCGUGGAACUGGGACAGCACCUGGCACCAAGAUACUAGGAGAGGAACACUGUGUGCCGUGUAACAGAGCUGAAGGUUGCUGUGCAGCUGUGGUGCCCACAUCUUUUGGUGCAAUAUUUCCAGGCCCCGCUGCCGACAACCAACAUGGCCGCGGCCGCUCCUCCGCUACGGCGCUUCGUCAUUGGCAGAGGGGGCGGAAGUGACGCGCGGCCGGGAUCCCGGCGGCACGGCGCGGCGCGGCGGGGAUGAACAGCCGCCUGCAGGAGAUCCGUGAGCGGCAGAAGCUGCGCCGGCAGCUCCUGGCCCAGCAGCUGGGAGCCGAAAGUGCGGACAGCAUCGGCGCCGUGCUGAACAGUAAGGAUGACCAGCGGGAGAUCGCCGAGACCAGAGAGACGUGUCGGGCUUCUUAUGAUACUUCUGCUCCAAAUGCAAAACGCAAAUACCCAGAUGAGGGAGAAGCUGAUGAAGAAGAGAUUGAAGAAUAUAAGGAUGAAGUAGAGCUGCAGCAAGAUGAAGAGAACCUGCCCUACGAAGAAGAGAUUUACAAAGAUUCCAGCACCUUUCUGAAGGGUACUCAGAGCUUAAAUCCCCACAAUGAUUACUGCCAGCAUUUUGUGGAUACAGGACACAGACCUCAGAACUUCAUCAGAGAUGUCGGCUUAGCAGAUAGGUUUGAAGAAUAUCCAAAACUUAGAGAGCUCAUCAGAUUGAAGGACGAGCUGAUAUCUAAAUCUAACACUCCUCCCAUGUACUUACAAGCAGACUUGGAAGCUUUUGAUAUUAGGGAACUGAAGUCCAAAUUUGAUGUGAUUCUCUUGGAACCGCCACUGGAAGAAUACUACAGAGAGACUGGCAUUACUGCCAAUGAAAAGUGCUGGACCUGGGAUGAUAUCAUGAAAUUGGAAAUUGAAGAAAUUGCUGCCCCAAGGUCAUUUGUGUUUCUGUGGUGUGGUUCAGGAGAGGGUCUGGAUCUUGGCCGAGUGUGUCUACGCAAAUGGGGUUACAGAAGAUGUGAGGACAUCUGUUGGAUUAAAACGAAUAAGAACAAUCCUGGAAAGACGAAGACACUAGACCCUAAGGCUGUCUUCCAAAGAACCAAGGAGCACUGCCUCAUGGGCAUUAAAGGAACCGUGCGUCGCAGCACAGAUGGUGACUUCAUCCAUGCUAAUGUAGACAUUGACCUGAUCAUCACAGAAGAGCCUGAAAUUGGCAACAUAGAAAAGCCUGUAGAGAUUUUCCACAUCAUUGAGCAUUUCUGCCUUGGACGACGACGUCUUCAUCUUUUUGGAAGGGACAGUACAAUUCGACCAGGCUGGCUGACUGUAGGACCCACCCUCACAAACAGCAAUUUCAACGCAGAAACAUACUCUUCAUACUUCACUACUCCAAAUUCCCACCUGACUGGCUGCACUGAAGAGAUUGAGAGACUUCGGCCCAAGUCACCACCACCCAAGUCAAAGUCCGACCGGGGCGGUGGCGCUCCAAGGGGAGGAGGGAGAGGCGGCACCUCAGCAGGCCGAGGAGAGCGGGGCAGAGAGAGGAACAGAACUAACUUUCGGGGCGAGAGGGGGGGCUUCAGAGGGGGUCGUGGAGGUACCCACAGGGGAGGCUUCCCCACGCGCUGAUGUCUGCUAGGAAAAUCACUUCUUCCCCCAGUCUCUUGCCUCAUCUCCAAACCUUUUUCUUAGUCUUGUUUUUGCUAAAGUGAAUUAUUCUGAGGACUCAAGCUAGAUGACUUUUUACAUUGUUUUUGGUGCAAGUAGUUCCAAAUACUCUGCCUUUCAGUGACUGGCCUGGCACAUCACCUCACUUCUAAGGCAGGAUCCUGCACCUGAUGUCACUAAUCUCAGCCUCCCAACGGCUUCUGUUGUCGAAGCAGAGAGCGCCAUCUCUUCAAGCCAUGCAUAGAACUGAAGCAAAGAUACUUGCUGUUCCCUUAUGAAACUUGCAAGCUGUGUUUUGUUUUUUUUUUAACUGUCAUUUUAUCCAAAAUAUGGAUUCCUUUUCCUUCCUUGUAGGUCUGGUCUGGGGCUAACUUACAUUAAUAGGAUGGAAUGGGUGUAAAAUGCAGUUCUGAAUUGCAUGGUAAUAGCAGACUUAUUCUCUUAUUCAUGGAAGAAAAAGUGCUGUGUCUAUACUGACACCUGUUUUAACUUCUUUUAAACCAAGGAGCAAAUUGAAUAAAUAGAAUUCUAUUUUUUUCUUAUUUGGUUUAAAUUUCCCAAAUUAUUCCUGGGAAUAGGGAACAAGUUUUAUUUUUUCAUUUGUGAAAUAUAUGCACUCGCUUUUCAUGUCAGUUGUGGGGAGAGUGGUGAUUCUGUGCAGUCACGUUGUACUUCAUGAAAGCAAGAACUUGUACGUUUAUAUCCAGUCCAGAACUUGUACAGGUCUGGAUCAUUUCUUGAGUAGGGAUUUCCACCCAGCCUCUGGCAGUAAUAGCCUUGUUCUUUGGUAGGGAAAACCAGUCCCACUGCAGAGCAAUUGCAAUGUUUGUAGUAGAAAGACCUCACUAGAGGCCAUGCUGGAAAUUGAGGUGAUGUGAGGUGAGUGCUUCCUGAGCAUAAGCAGCUGAACAAAGAAGGCGCAGUCAUCAGACUGAGCGCUUUGCUUUGCCUGUGGACCCCACCUGCAUUGGGAAUGGACUGUUGGUGAUCAGCUGCGGAGAGCAGCAUGUAAAGAAGGCACUUCACUGUGGUAUGUACACUACUUGCUUUCAGCAGAGCUGCAACUCUGAGCUUCCUGGACAGUACUUGAUAGAGUGAACGAACCUGGCUGUUGGCAUCUCAAAUUCUUAGGUAUGGAUUUUGGAAAAUCAGCUUUUAAGUCCCAGUGUUUAUCUGUUGAAGCCAAGUUUUUAAGUAACUGUCCUGUAAAGCAGUGAAUUAUUAAACUUGUUUAUCAAAGCCA